AUGUCCUCACCACCAACUCCAGCACUUGAUUCGGAGCAUGACUCCCCCGGCGACUCGAGCUUCAAUACCCCCAUCUCUUCUCCUUCGGGUCACCACACUCCUGCAGCCGGAUACCGCGCUGCCGCAGGUACGCUCUCCAACGUCUUUGCCUCUCUUUGGGGCACCUACAACCAACAAGCUCAAGCGCAAGAGCAACAGCAGCGCCAAAGUGGUCCUUCUCGACUUCAACCUCCUUCUUCCUCCGCCAACACGCCGGCGGACUCACCCAACCCUUCUGUUCCGGCUGGAUGGGUCAACUUGCUCAGCUGGGGACCUGCAGCAGGUCGGCAGAAGACCACUACCCUACCAAAGUCGUCUGCAUCGCCAUCGCGUGCUACUGCAGCCAAGUCGGGCAGAGCUAGAGGUGCGAUCCCUUUCAAUAUAUCCGCUCCCAUUGAGGCCGAGAGUGGUGAGAAGGCCGAGGAGCGACUCCAGAGGCGGGGCGAAACAUCGCGAGGUGCACGCCUAUCACCGGCCAGCUCUCCGCCUCGCAGACCUCUAGCUGGUAUCUUUGAGGACAUCGCACCAGCCUCUCCACCUCCUCAAACGCCCGCACCGCCACGUUCACCUGCAUCGCCGCGCAGCCAGUUCCGCCAUCUUCCACCACCGGCCUCCCCUUCACUUGGAGAUGAGUCUCCCAGGGGAGCGUAUGCCACUCUGUCGCGACUCCAAUCCAAGCCUUCCAGCAACAAACUUCCUUCAGGCUCCGGCUUCCUCUGGCCCUCCUCCAGCAGCACCACACCCACCAGUGCCACAGGCGGAGACCAGCCCGCGUCACCCAUCUCGCACCCCCGACCAGCCGCUAAUUGGAGCGAAGCCCUGGCACGCACCGAAAAGCUCGACUGCUACGUUCGGCGCAUCGUCUUUCAAGCAGGGCUCGACUACGAAACGCGUCCUAUGGUCGUUUUUGCCUCUUGCUGCCUCCCUGAUUCCAAGGAGGUGGACUACGACGCGUUGCUGGAUAGGAUCAUGGACACGAUGGAUCUGUUCGUAGAAAACGACUACACAGUCAUCUACUUUGCGGCUGGUGGACAUCAUCGACCCGGCUGGAAUUGGAUCUGGCGUGCCUAUCGUCGUCUUGAUCGAAGGUUCAGGAAGAAUUUGAAGAAGUUGUACAUUGUACAUCCCACCUUCUUCACCAGAUCGUUGCUGCAGUUCCUUAAUACGGGGGCCUACUUGGUCUCGCCCAAGUUCAGUAAGAAGGUGGUACAGCUGUAUACGCUGAGUGCCCUGGCGGGAUAUGUGCCAUUGACGCAAAUCGAUAUUCCGCCAGAGGUGUUGCAGUGGAACUUGCGGUAUGAGAAGCAUGUCAAUCUGCCACAGAAGGCGUUGGAUGCAAAAACAGGUGGGAAUCAAGGUGGAGCGGGGGAAAAAGUGUUCGGUGUGGAUCUAGUCGAGCUUAUGGGAGAGUACGGCGAGAGUGGUGGAGUUCCCAGAGUGGCUCGAGACUGCGUAGAAGCAAUCCUCGGCGACUUCGAUGGGAUUCAACCAGCAGAGGUAGAAGGUAUCUUCAGAAGGUCUCCCUCAUCUGCACUGCUCAAAACGGCUCAGGAGAGCUACGAUCGAGGACAUCCUGUAAGCUUGGAACAGUAUAGGGAUCCGCAUAUCCCUGCAGUGCUUCUCAAAGUCUUGCUUCGGUCGUUACCGCGUCCGAUCUUCCCAGCUAGCAUGUAUGGAUUGAUUCGAGCAUGUCCUCCACCUCCCCUCCCCGGCACGGGCAACAGCAGCGAAGCAGUGCAAGCACAAGCGCAGGAGACGAUCCACUUUCUCCGCACGCGUCUGCUCCCCGCCAUUGAGCCCCCCUGCGCCGGUAUCUUGCUAUCCUACGUCCUCGAGAUGCUGCAUAAAGUAGCACAGCAUAAGGAGAGUAACAAGAUGGAUGCUGCCAACCUUGCUACCGUCAUUGCACCUAACCUAGUGUCGAGCGGGAAUGCGAUCAAGGAUGUUAUGAUUUGUCGGGUUGAAGGCAUUUCUUCUAUGUCUUCACCUGCUUCGGCGCAGGGUCAGGGUCAAGGGAGAAGUCCGUCGAUGCGCAAAGCCUCCAUCUCUUCAACUGCGCAAGGUACCGCCACCACUCUCGGCUCCAUCCUCCGGUUCUGUAUCGAACGAUACUACGAAAUAUUCGACGAUAUCUCCUUCAGUCCCCAGAUCAACUCGGUAGAAGAGCUAGUUGAUGAUCUUAGCCGCAAAGAUCUCGAGGAAGGAGGAAGUAGGUCUCCUUCGACAUCAAGCAAACGUCUUGCCAGCCUCUAUGGCACACCCGCAUCCGCGUCUGGUCUCGGUUUCGCCGCCCACCCCCACCCCCACCAUCAGUGUGGGGAAUCCACCAACUCCAGUCCCUCCCAAUCACCCUCCCCCUUCACUCACAACGGCGGGUGGGGUGUUGGGGAGGAAGAAGAAGAUCGACGUUCAGGCCUAACCGGUGGGAAAAGCGUUGCAAGUAGGGAAGGCUAUCGAACACCAGCAGGAUUCCAACGAACGGUAGGAAGAAAUUCAUCAGGAAGUUUAAGAUUAACCAAAGGAAGGCUAGGGGGAAGUAAUAGUAAUUUAAGAGGUAGUUUGACAAACGGCAGUGGGUUUAGGAUGUCUAAUCUCGCCCCGCACCCCAACUCUACGGAUGGUGAGGGGACCAAUGAGGCAGAGGUGGAAGGGCUGACUUCGCAAUUGAGUGGAGUGUUGUUGACUGGAGCUAAUGCUACUGCUACUUUUGCGAGUCCUUGUGCAGCAACGGUGGCGGGGGAUGGGCGAGGCGAGGAGAUGGAUUCACCCUCAUCGCCCAUCCUGACACUACAACAGCAACUUGCACCUUCGAUUGGAUCUCCGAAUGCGUUUCAGAGCACUCCUCCCACAGCACCGCAAGCAACAGUGGCUCCAACACGACGCAAGUCUGUCGGAAGAGAGCUCUCCGAAGUGGCAGAAGCUGAAACUGAAGAAGCUACCUCUUGA